AUGGAACCUGAUAAUAUGGACCCAGAAAAUACAGAAUUGGAAAGUAGAGGAGUUGAAAUGGUUACUUCUGUCUCUGCACUCCAGGCAUUGUCUAACCUGCUUUAUCCUGAAGGAGAGGAAGAAGAAGAAGAUUUUGACUCUGAACAGAGCUCAUCUACUUUUGGAGCCAUGAGUCCUGGGAAUAUUGGACCAAGGAAAAUUGAAGAACUUAGACCAAUUACUCAAAGCACUGAUGAAAAUAGUGAAGACAUCUGGGAUCCAAAAGAGGUUCCAGACACAGCAGAUCCUGAUGACAUUUGGGAUGAUCGUGAAAUCCCAGAGCAUGAGAUCAUUUUCAAACAGCAGGUGGGAACAGAGGAUGUGUACCUAGCAUUUACAAGAAAGGACCCUUCAACAGCAUGCUGUCAAGAGAUAGUGGUAAAAAUUCAACUGCCUGAUACAAACCCUUCUGAUAUUCACAUUGAUGUUGAGGAUACAUACCUUGAUCUUCGCACUCCUAAUAAGAAGCUUUUGGUAACUUUCCCCCAGCCUGUACAAGGAAGCAGUGCUAAAGCAUCAUUUAUAAUGGAGACAGAGACACUUGAAGUCACUAUUAAUGUGCAGAGAGAUUUUGAAAUUUUAUAUUAA